UCAUCAAGAAACAGUACUACACGUGUUCUUGGAAUCCUAAACUGAAUGAAUAAAUAAAACGCAUUCUUAGGGUACCAAAAAAGGUUGGCGAAUAUCAUUCUUGAUAGCAGCGUGCAUCGAUGUCACAGCUGUAAUCACAUUCAUUCUUUUCGCCAAAGGUGAAUUACAGCAUUGGGCUAAAGAAAAAGAACCACCACAGAGCAUGGGAGACAUCGUUAGACGUCUAUCAUACAUUAUGCGACGAGUAUCAACUAGCAGACGAUCUCAAUCAAGUGUGAAACAUAAACGACUGCGUGAAGAGAAUGAAGCCGAAAUAGGAAGUAACAACUCUGCAAAAAUAAGGGCAGAAGAAGAGAAGUCAGAGUCUAUACAGAUGCGAGUAAUUAAUUACUAUACAAAAGAAGCCAGAAUGUACAACAGUUGGUCUUCUCGACGACCGAAACACGAUGAGAUUAAUGGAGAUCGUUGUUUCGUGAUGAAUGUGCCUUACAGUUAUGCAACUUCUGCAAAACGUUAA